AACUUAUCAAUCAUAUUUCAUAUCAAUAUUUAAUUCAAGUCGGAUAUAUUUAAACAAUGAACAUAUUAGUGGAAGGCCUUUGAUCGAUAUAGAAUGAAAUACUAUAAAUAAUAUCCGAUAUUUCCGGGGCUGUAGAUAUGAUAUUCCCGGGGCUGUAGAUUGAAAUCGAGGCUUCUAAAAACUGAAAGUAAAAAUGAAAAUUGCUCUUCAAUUUAAAGCACGGUUGGAGUUUUUAACCAAUCUACGUCCAGAAGGAGAAGAUUUCAGGUGGUAUUUGAAACUGAAAUGUCUCAAUUGUGGAGAAGAAACCCCAGAGUUUACCUACCUUUCAUUGUUGGAGAAUUCCCCAUUAAAGGGAGGCAGGGGACAUGCUAGUUUGGUGCUGAAGUGUAAAUUGUGUGCAAGGGAGAAUUCCAUUGACAUUGUGAAAGAGAGCAUAGGGACUUACACAGCUGAGGAUUCUGAUUCUUCAAAACUUGUUAAGAUUGUCACGUUUGAUUGUAGGGGAGUAGAACCAACAGACUUUUCACCAAGGGCUGGAUGGACGGCAGAGGGGGCAGAGUCCGGGUCCAAGUUUUCUGAUAUCAAUCUCUUAGAAAAGGAAUGGUGCGACUAUGACGAGAAAGUAAAUGAAUCUGUGGGAAUUUAUGAUUGCAAACAUGCAUUUGUGACAGUCAAGUAAAAAGUAAACAUUUAGCCUUGUCUGGGGCAUAGAAAUGACAAUUCUGUGAUUUACCAUUCAAACAAUGGUUAUAUUUUCUAAAAGUAUACAAUGCAUUGAUACCUUUGUAGGAUGUUUAAAUCAUGUUAAAAUGUACUUAUUCUUCAUGUCAGUGUAAUGCUUGGUUAUGGGUGAACAGAUUAAAGGAAUUAAAAGGGAUGAAGAGUGUGAAUUGUUGGGAGAAUAUUUUUCAGGAUCAUGCCAAUGUUUCCCUCCCAAUUCUAAUUAUGUUUUCCGUUAAAAGAAUAAAGAUGUUCUGAUCAAAUAUAGAACCUAUUG